CUUGCUCACUGAAUCCACCUGCUGCUGCAGCUUCAUCCCCCCUCCCAACUCCCUCUGCUCCUCUCCGAUAACACUCUCCUAGCGCUGCUUCUCGCUCCUAAUUAGGGCGAAGAUGGCGAAGAACAUUAGCCUGGAGGAAAUCAAGAACGACACCGUGGAUCUGGUAAUCAAAUCGACCCCCUCCCUACUUUUUCCCCCGCACAAAUAUGUCUACCGUCCGAGAUCUAUGCGAUUGCGUCUUGUUACUCAAUUCUUCUGUACGUACGUGUUUCUCUAGUUUUGAGCGGUUCAAUUUUAUUCGGCGAGCCGAGAGUUGCGAGUUAAACCUGAUCUCGCUGCCUAAAUUUCCGCGUGCUAUUUUGGCCCGCAAAUUCCUUUUCGUCUUCCGUUUUGUUAGCACGUAAUUACAUCUGCAAUCUCUGGUAGAAAACGAAUAGGGUAGUAAAAGUGUUCAGUGGUUGCUGGAAUUUUUUCCCGGUUUUUGUGUGUUUGUUCCCAAUUCAAUCGGCGAUGCGAGUUGCGUUUGGUAUUAUUAUUUUUUUCUGUUUACGGCGAGGAGUAGUGAAGAAAAAGAGACGGGAAGAGGAGCAGUCAACGAUCAGCACAGGGCCCAGUAGCAGGGGUAUUCCAUUAGCCCAGCCCAACAAACUAGAUCAACCAUCGCGCGGUUGAAGGGUGCGAUUGCGAAGGCAGCUAUUGCCAAGUGGAAUCGGGGGAGAAACAAAAUCUUUAUUCGCCGACAGCUCUCGCCGUUCGCUUCCCCUUCGGCCGAGUUUCGACGGAGUCUUCUUUCUUCCCAAGUUGGGUUUGGAAUGAUAGGGCUGAUUUCAUUAGUUUCUUUCCGUUUCCAAUUUCUAAUAAAUCGACGCUGGAGUUCGUAAUGAUGACUGAAGCCUGAAGGUACUAUUCAGAGCGAAACCAUGUCGGAAUUGUUGAAUCAAUUCAAAUGCAUUCUCGAUUCCGAUCCCCUCAUCAACGAAGUAGGGUUCAUUCACCCUUCGCAAUUUGCGACAUUAGAGAAAGAUCCUGAAGCUGGUAGCUCACGAUCGGAAGCCUCGGAAGCGCUGGAUGGUGGAGAUGGGAGCUUCUGGAUUCGAGAUCACAAACUGGGCAUUUCCUCGGAGAUUGUUCUCCUAUUGUACAAGGCUGCCAGAGAACAAUUCAUGAAUGCAAUUGCAGAAUACAGGAAACUCGACGGCCUAUCUCUUCCUUCUGCUGAAGCUCUAGGAAUUGUGGUUAUGAAAUGCAGCAAAGCACUUGUGUUGUUAAGCCCUGAUUUCGGGACUGCUUGGAAUUCCAGAAAGUUAAUAGUAUCGAAGAAGACACAAGCGUCAAUGUUCACUGACGAGCUCCGCUUGUCUGCCCUUGUCCUUUCGUAUUCACCCAAGAGCGAGCAAGCAUGGAGCCAUAGGAGGUGGGUGAUCAAGAAUAUGGCCAGAAAUCGUACAACUUUGCAAGAGAUUCUGAGGGAAGAAUCUGACCUGGUGGAGAAGAUAGCAGAGAGAUCAAAGAUGAACUAUCGUGCAUGGAAUCAUCGCUGCUGGUUGGUUUCUUACAUGGAUAGAGAACAGGUGAUUCAGGAACUGAAGAAAUCCAAAACGUGGGCUGGGUUACAUGUUGCUGAUAAUUCUUGCUUUCAUUAUCGCAUGCGGCUAAUCAUCAGAAUUUUAGAGGAUUGCUGCCGUAAGCAAGAAGAGGGGUCGUGUGAUUCUUGUGUUGAAGUUUAUUUGAUCUGGCAGGAGGAGCUUGACUGGAAUGAAGAAUUAAUAAAGCGUUAUUUAGGAAGGGAGGCUCUAUGGCUCUACCGUCGCUUUCUCUCCUUAUUAUGGAUAAGGCAUUUCACAAGCGAUGUCAACGACGUGUCUUCCCCACAAAAAAGCCAAUCUAGCAUCCAAGUGAACGUCAGUGUGUUUUUGGAUGAGGAGUUGCUCCUCGUCAAUUCAUGCUCGGAAGGAUGUGAUGAUGAGUUUGAAGAUUUUGAAGAACAAGCAAUUUGUUCAGCAUCUUACAUGUUAUGGUUGACAAAGCAAAUCCCUGAAACCCAGAAGUUAGAACUGAGAGAGAAGAUAGAGAAUGAGCGUCUGGACGCCAUGUUGAAGUUGGUGUCCCUGAGAGGUCCUCCAUUUGGGGCUAUCUAAGAUUAGUAAGUCUAUUUGGCUGCCAUGGACGCUGGAAGUGGAUGGUAUUAAUGAGAGUUGUUAUUUGCCAUUUCCCGCCCACAGUUACGCAAAAAAUGACCAGUAUACCCCUAAUAAAUUUCUAAAACCUAAAUUUCUAACCCUGCACUCCACUCUCCCUCCCGUAUUCCUAGACCAGGCAAAUUACAACUCGAUCCGUUGACCCGACUCGAAACUGCUCGAAAACUAGUAAUUUUUGUAACCCGAAAUCUGAAUAACCCGUACUCACAUUCACAAGAGUAAUACUAUUACAAAAAUAUUUCUAAUGUUUUUUCACAUAAAUUACACACCCAUUGUGUCGACAUGCUCCGAUCUGCGCCCCGUGAAAAAUUAUCCGAUCUGGACUCGAUCUGCCAUAAUACGGGUAUGAAUAUCGAGAUACCUGUCCCGGACCUACCGUCAUUUCUACUCGAGCGGCCAUAUUAAUUAGGAAAUAGAAUUGGAAUUUGGAUGUGGGUUAAGGAGCAAUUUUCGAAAUUCCGAUUCCCCCCAUCUCUCAUCUUCGGGAUGGGAUACGGUGACAACUAGGGCUGGAAGUUUGGUACCGGUAUUUGGGAUAUACCGAAUACCGUACUGAAUUUGUCUAUAUUUGGUAUUACCAAAUACACAUAUUAUUUUUGUGGGAUUGAGAUUGUGAUUGAAUUUCAAUUGCUAUUCGGUAUUAGGGAUUACGGGAUUGGCAUCAGUAUAUACCGAAAUAUCGAUCAAUAUCGAAAUAUAAGCUAGUGUGUAUUUUAUCCUCUCAACUAGACUCUCUCAUUCACUACUACACGACCAUCAACCACCAAAAGUGUCAUUUAAUUAUACAUAGAUCAUUACAUCACUAUUUCACACUAGUAUUAGUCGUCUCUCAACCUCAAAUUCGUUAAAUUAAAGAUUACCAACUACAAGAACUUGAGAUGUUAGCUCUAGGCAACUCAAGACUAUUUGCUUAGUCUCUUUGCCCUAAAUUAAACAAUAAAAGCUAAUUUAUAUAUUUAAUUAUUAAUUACAAAGGUAAUUAAUUAUGUAUUCGAUAAUACCGAUUGGGAUACCGAAAUAAUUUAGGGAUUGGGAUUGGGAUACCGAAAUUAUUUAGGGAUUGGGAUAUCGAAAUUAUUUAGGGAUUGGGAUUGAGAUUGAUUUUAGGGAGUAAUUCGGUAUUCGGGAUUUCGAUAUUUGGUGUUGGGAUACCGAUACCGUACCGAUUUCCACCCCUAGUGACAACCCCUUAGGGGGUUGUGAGUUUGACAACCCACCUCCUCACCAUUGGAUACGCCCUCUCUCCUGUCUCUUUCUUCUUUUUUUCAAAUUGAUGGUUAAGAUUAAACGAAUGGUAUUUCUGGGAUGGAAAAGAUUUACCACACACAAUCAUUUACCCUCCCAUAUAAAUUAAAAACAAAACCCUAACUCCUCCCACCCCCUCUCCCCCUCCUCCAUCUCUCACGCAGCCAUCCUCCACCGCCGCAACCUUCCACCGUUGGCGCGUCCUCCAUCGUAGCAGCCCUCCACUGCCAGCCCCGCCACCCCUGUCUCCCGCAGCAGCCCUCUAUCGUCGUGGUCUCCGCAAUCCUUAGUUUUCCUCCACCCCAUGCCGUCGCAACGUCCCCUCUGACCACCGCGACGCAAUCAUCCUCUCCCCGUCGGAGCCCUCUCGCCGUCGCGAUGUCACCCUCUUCCCCUACCUCUCUCUCCCGUCAUCGACUCCCCUUAUAUAGAUCUGGUUUUUUAGUGGUACCAUUUUUUUCUGGUAGCGUACUAGUGAUAGUGGUACCUACCACUACCAUCAGGUAGCUGGUAGUGGUAGCGUACCACUAUCAUCUGGUACUACUACCAUCUGUUUUUUUGUGUUAUUCUCUACUGGUACCACUACCAAUGCUAGUGGUAUGCUACCAGUGCUAGUGGUACGCUAUCAUUAGCAUUGGUAGCGUACUACUAGUACAUUUUUUAACGCACUGGUAGCAUACCACUAGCACUGGUAUAUUCAUUACCAGUAGACUAAUGGAUUGAUACACUUUUUAACACACUGGUAAAUUGCUGAAAAUCCCUUACCCAUACCCAUUACUGUUUUCUGUGAUAACAGGUCACCCAUACAUAUUGCUGAAAAUCCUGUUUUUCAUGAAAGAACGGAGCAUAUAGAGAUUGACAUACAUGUUACAAGGGAAAGGAUUAAGACAGGUUUGAUCAAGCUUGAGCAUGUUAGCCCUGUCAAUCAAUUGGCAAAUAUAUUCACUAAAGGGCUGGAGCAGGCGAGGCUUAAAGAUCUGUUGUCCAAGUUGGGAGUCAUUCUUCCUGCCACAACUUGAAGGGGAGUGACAGAGUUGAUUGAAAAUGGAAUCCAGAAUGCAAAAGGAUUACUCUGCAAAAGAAAGGAGAAGAAGACAUGAAACCUCUGGUGGAGAAAUGUUUCAGGAUAAGUCUCAGAGACUAGUCUGUUUAAGUGAUGUUGCGCACCGUUUUACUCUAAUUCUAUAUUAGCCGUUAAAGAACAGUAUUAUGUUUAAACCCAGCCAGUCGAAAUGUGACACAUGGCUUUUAUCUGUAAACCGGAUGACAAGCUGAUAUAAAAAGAAGUAGCGACUCACUGUUGUCUCUGUACAUUUCAGCCAUUUUUACCCUAAUCCUUGAAACUCAACACCCUUUUCCUUCCGAACGCCGACGUUAGACCACCCUUUGCCUUCCAAUUUUAGACGUCGGACCAGGCAUCUAGGCCGAACGAUGGGGAGAUGACAAUUCUGGGAAUAUGAAGACCAUGCCGGGAAGACGCGCCACGAAGACGAGGAAGAUCUAGAUAUGGAUUUCUCUCUGAAGCUUCUCGUUGAUCGGGAGGGAAUCUGGGGGGGGGGGGGGGGGCGUCACUGGAUUCGAUUGGGAGGGAUUUUGGGGAGUUAUCGGUGGAGGGAUUCUGGGGUUUGGGUUGCCGGCGAGGAUUUAUGGUCGGGUUGGUUUGUGGUCAACGGAGACACCCCGUUCUUUUUUCCAAUUCCGGCGACCAUUCCUCCAAUUUUCGGCCAAUAUGUUUCUUCAGUUUUGGUCGUGCGUCAAUUCCAAAAUGUAAGGGGCAAAAUCGUGAUUUUGAUUAAAAGGGUGGGCGGCAAAUAGUAAUUUGUUGGACGGAAAAUAGCGAUUCGGGUCUUAAUUUGUUGGAAUUGUCAUUGAAUUGAACCGUGUAAAGGUAACAAACUACAGUAACAAGU